AUGGUACGGUUAAAGUUUCGUACCAUUUGUUCGAGAAUUUUGCAGGAAGUAUCUCGUUCACACAUAAGGGAUUUCUCUUCGAAAGGAAAGCAAGGAUCAGCAACUCAUUAUGCUACUGCUUCUCCACUUUUAGAAAAAUCCAGUAAUUUUGUUGAUGUCAAUGAUGUAUCACUACGGGAGCCAAUACCUGGACUUUCAGAAGCAAGAUAUUUGAAACAAACGGACGUCAAACCAUUCGAUACAAAAUUAACAGUACUAGAAAAUGGGCUUAAAGUAGCCACUGAACCUCAUUAUGGAAUGUACUGCACUGUUGGAGUUGCCAUAGAUGCUGGUUCACGUUAUGAAGUUGGCUAUCCUUUCGGCACUUCUCAUUUCAUCGAAAAACUUGCUUUUGCGGGUACACCAUCUUUUCCAAAUAAGGAAGAUUUGUUCCGUUUGUUGGAACGACGUGGUGCUUUAAUUGAUUGUCAAUCAACGAAAGAUACAUUUAUUUAUGCGUCCUCAUGCCAAAUCAAUGGUUUCCCUGAUAUAAUAAGGUUGAUUGCUGAUUCUGUGCAAAGGCCGAUUAUUAACUCAAGUGAUAUAGAAGAUGUUCGAUUAAUCAUUGAUUUCGAAAAUAAAGACAUGCAUUCAAAACCAGAAUGCGAGCCUUUACUUACCGAUUGGAUACAUGCAACUGCUUAUAAGAACAAUACUUUGGGUUUCACCAAAUACUGUCCCGAAGAAAGCAUAAUGAACAUAAAUCAAAACCAUAUUUAUACAUUCAUGAAGCAAUACUACAAACCAAAUCGCAUAGUAGUUGCCGGUAUUGGUGUUGAUCAUGAUGCCUUAGUUUCCUUAUCCCGAGAACUUUUCGAUGAUUCGAAAACGGCUUGGGCGGAAAAUCCGUCACUACUGCUUGAAAAAAAGCCUCCAACAGAUGACUCACUUGCACAAUAUACGGGUGGAGAAAAACUUAUAACAAAGGAUCUCAGCAAUAUGGCUCUUGGUCCAACCCCAUACCCUAAUCUUGCUCACUUCGUCCUCGGUUUCGAAAGUUGUGGAUAUCUUGAUGAAGAUUUUGUAGCUUUCUGUGUUCUGCAAUCAUUAAUGGGAGGAGGAGGUAGUUUCAGUGCUGGUGGACCAGGUAAAGGAAUGUAUACGAGGCACCACUGGAUGUAUAAUGCAAUAGCUUAUAACCACGCUUACAAGGAAUCUGGGAUUUUUCACAUUCAAGCGUCUAGCGAUCCAUCACAGAUAGAUGAAACAGCGAGAGUGAUACUUGAGCAAUUUUUACGACUGUCUGAAGGAGCAGAAAAAGAAGAGCUGUCUCGAGCUAAGACCCAGUUAAAGAGUCAACUGAUGAUGAAUUUAGAAGUACGACCUGUUAUGUUUGAAGAUUUAGCUCGACAAGUUUUGGGACAUGGUUACCGGCGAAAACCGAGUGAAUAUAUCGAAAAAAUCGAUCGGAUAACAGAUAAGGAUAUCAAGAGAAUAGCAGAACGUAUGCUGUCGAAGCGUCCUUCCGUUGUUGGUUAUGGUGAUGUUAAACGUAUUCCACGUUAUGAAUUAAUUGACAAGUGUGUGGCAAAAAGACAGCUUGGAGACCUCAAAUCAAAGGGAUUUUUUCGCUUUUAA